GCGAAAGCGCGCGCGCGUCGCAAGGAGCGCCCUCCGUAGGCGCUCGAACAACAUGCUCGUGGUGGCAACAGAGCCUAGACAGACUCGGAGGAGGUCGUACGCGCGCGCGCUCUGUCACCUCUUGGCACCCGUAUAAUCGUCACCACGCUUCGACGAGUGUCAUCAACGACAUUCAUCCCCACUCGAUCCUCCGUCAAGCUUCGGAGGACACCUUCUUGGAAUGCCACCAACGACACAUAUAUCCAUGCAAUGGUGGAACAACUUUGAAAGAGUGAGCUAGACAGACGUGUGCGGAGCAGCGUGCGAGUGAAAGGCAGAGUGAGGUGAGAGAGAGAGAAGGCAAGAUGACCAUCACCUAUUCCCUCAACGUUUCGGAGGCCCGCCUCUGCGGAUUCGCCAAACUCCUCCUGCGCUGGAGGGGAAGCAUCUACAAGCUCCUCUACAGGGAGAUGGUCAUCUUCUGUGGACUGUACUUCUCCCUGAGCACCAUCUACCGUUACAUGCUGGACGACGACCAGAAAAUCAUAUUCGAAAGCCUGGCCAAGUACUGCGAGAGAUUCACCGACCUCAUCCCGUUGUCCUUUGUGCUGGGAUUUUACGUGUCCAUCGUCGUGGGACGCUGGUGGCAGCAGUACCUCAGCGUACCAUGGCCCGACAAGACGGUCAUGGCUAUAGCUGCCUACGUCAACGGAACGGACGAGCGGGGCCGGGUGAUUCGCCGCACGCUCGCAAGGUACCUCUCCCUCCUGUCGGCUCUCACCUUCCAGGCCGUCAGCACGGCCGUCAAGAAAAGGUUCCCCACGUUGGAUCACAUGGAGGAAGCUGGUCUGAUGACGAAAGAGGAGCGUCGCGUGUACGACAUGAUCCCUGUGUCGCACGGCAAGUGGUGGGUUCCAGCCCAAUGGUUCGUGGCGCUGGCCGUGCGGGCCCGCAAGGAAGGCCGCAUCAAGGAUGAUAUCCUACUCAAGAACCUCUUGGAGGUGAUGCACGAGUACAGAGGCUGUUGUGGGAUGCUCUUCAGCUACGACUGGAUCAGCAUUCCGCUGGUGUACACUCAAGUAGUGACCCUGGCUAUCUACACCUACUUCCUGGCCACUGUCAUGGGCCGUCAGUACCUGAAGCCCUCCAAUAAUCAGGACAUUGAUCUCUACAUCCCCAUCUUUACAAUUUUGCAGUUCUUCUUCUACAUGGGGUGGCUUAAGGUGGCUGAACAGCUGAUCAAUCCCUUCGGCGAAGACGACGACGACUUUGAACUCAACUGGUGCUUAGACAGAAACCUUCAGGUGUCGUUUCAGAUUGUGGACGACAUGCACCAACGGCAUCCGCGACUGGUCCGAGACAUCUACUGGGAUGAGGCAGAGCCACAGCUGCCCUACACGAAAUCAUCCGUGAACCUGCGCACCCAGCCCCACUUGGGAUCCGCGAUGACCCUCGAUGUCGACCCAGAAGAGGCAGAGUUUGUUCCCAUGGAAACCAUCCUGGAGGAAGACCACGAUGACAACAAGUAUAACAGCCCCCCAACGUCCCCCUCCGCGGACAUUGGUUCGCCGGGGUUGCCCGGGGUCUGGGAACACUACAACCGCCACAACGCCAUGGCAGACAACAUCUCUCAGACAGGGGUGCGCAUCCUCGGCACGGGCAGCCGCAUCCUCAACAUGAUCAUGGGCAACAGCACUGAGAGCAUUGCUCCGCGCAAGGAGUCCCACCAGAACCUGGUCCCAAACUUUGUACUUCGCACGCCUGCCCGCCAACCACGCACUGCUUCCCAGGCUGAGGGACUCAACCACGAGGAGCAGGAAACGGCCGCGGGGGAGGAACACAAGACCCUCCUCCAGGAUGCUGUUGCUGUCGAUGUGCCCGAAGAAGCAAUCAAGGAGGAAGAAGAACCUUCUCCCUACGAACCCAACGCCUCGACCGAAAGCCUGGCCGAGAACAGUCAGUGCGACAGCUAUUCCGAGCUCCUCCCGAAGUAGGCGACUGCUCGUGAUCGCUACGGACACAUUUUUUGCGUCACGAGGGGGAAAAUCUCUGGGAAAAUCUCGGUGAAACUCUCGCCAACAAGGGUGCGUUGUCAGACACUCGAUUUUUCUUUGUAUCCGGUGAUUGGCGACCACCGCCUGUGAUGUUUUUGGUUUCUUUACAACCAAGGGCAUACGUCAUACCGUGGCUGCAGUAUUUGUGGCCUUUUUUUGACGGAGGCGCCAGCAUAAAUGACGGAUGCUGAGCGUAAAGUGAUCUGCCAAUAGUUUUACAAAGCCGACAUGGUGUCACACGUUGUUUCUAAAAUGCUCUCUAGCGUGGAGAGGUAACAAUUAGCUCUCCACGAAAUUUUGCUCGGUCGGAACGAGAUCGUACCUACGAGGUGACAAGUCGUAGUUGUGAACAACGGAGGAAGACGACUCGACAAAAAGAACUGCGGGUUUCACUACGUCCGAUCGCCGGUUGUGCUAAUCUAGCUGCCAGCUAUGCAAGCUUACGAAGUCAAAAGCUGGCUUAAGCUUAUCCUUGUACUUUACUUAACACACAGUAAGUCAAACUGUUUCUUGUGUGGUGUACCGAAGAGAACUCAAGUCACGUGUUUACAAUGUAAACGGUAAUUUUCAUCGUCA